ACAUGGCUGCGCCCAUUGGGCACCGUUUCCAUUCUCUACGGGUCCAAUUGCUGUUGCUUUUACUGUUCGGAUCGGGUUCCGCGCAUGGAGAUUGCGGCUGUAACGCAGCUAACAGAGACGGCGGCACCGGAUCAAGCAGCCAUGAUCACGGCGCGGCGUUUAAAUACUCCCGGGAGGCGAACGAGGCAGAUUCUGUACCCAGAGAGAUAAAAGAGAGGAGUGAGAUGGUUCUGCUUCCUCCGGGAAUCUUCACCAUGGGCACCGAUAACCCUGGUAUACCCCAGGAUGGAGAGGGACCACCCCGCCAGGUACAGCUGGACUCUUUCUAUAUGGACACGUAUGAAGUCAGCAACUUGGAGUUUGAUACAUUCGUGAGAGCGACGGGACACGUGACGGAGGCGGAGAAAUUUGGAGAUUCGUUUGUGUUUGAAGGUUUGAUAAGUGAAGAUGUGAAGAGUGGCAUCGAUAAGGCGGUUGCUGCUGCGCCCUGGUGGCUUCCCGUGAAAGGUGCCAACUGGAGACACCCUGAAGGUCCCGACUCUGAUAUCUCAGAAAGGAUGGAUCAUCCGGUUCUCCACGUGUCGUGGAACGAUGCAACGGCAUUCUGUACCUGGGCAGGAAAGCGCCUUCCUACAGAAGCUGAAUGGGAAUAUGCCUGCCGCGGAGGACUGGAGAACAGGCUCUUUCCAUGGGGGAACAAGUUACAGCCCAGAGGGGAACAUUUCGCUAAUCUUUGGCAAGGGAUUUUUCCAACCAACAAUACCGGAGAAGAUGGCUUCGUGCAAACAUCUCCUGUAACUGCUUUCCCUCCAAACGGGUACGGACUGUAUAACAUGGUGGGAAACGCGUGGGAGUGGACGUCGGACUGGUGGGAUACAAAUCAUUCAGCUGCCGCGGCUUAUAAUCCGAAAGGCCCAUUGUCAGGAACAGACCGGGUGAAGAAGGGAGGAUCGUAUAUGUGCCACAAGUCAUACUGCUAUAGGUACCGAUGUGCCGCACGCAGUCAGAACACAGCUGACAGCUCAUCCUCCAAUCUGGGCUUCCGAUGUGCUGCAGACGCAGAAUAGCCCGGUCCGGAUGGGCCAUCGUACACUAUGAGAAGCAGAAUGAAAUAAGAAGAGCCUCCCGCGUGUAUUCCUUUAAACUUUCUGUGAAGAAAUUACUGAAGAUAUUGUGAUUUUUUUUUUUUAAUGGACUCCUUAAAUUCUGUACUGUAUAAUAAUUGCACUCCACGCAGUGACGAAGGAGAUUCAGGAAACGUUCGUAUAAAAAGCUUUGUGGGGGUGUCUCUAAUUGCCUUUUAAAGUAUAAUAAGCCGUAUCUUGAUACGAUACAGCUGUGCGGAUCCGCCACCGGAGGAAGCUGGUUUUUGCGCAGAUUUUUAUACAAAGAAAACGUCCAUCCUAUGCCGAGGGAAGAAAACAUUAACAUUGCUUUUUAUGACUUUUUUCUAAGUUAAUAAUAAAAUGAUUGUGUUAAUUAUGA